AUGCAGUCUCCUGCUUUCGCGCGUUCUGCCUUGCCUCCAGCGACGGCUGAUCAUGAUGUUGAGGCUCCGCCGUCUGCGUCGCCUUUGGCGACCGCAAAUCUCGAUGGUCCGUCCAUGCUUCCGCCUGGCGCCGCCACGCCGGCCGCGCCGGCAGACUCUGAAUGCGCCGCCGCGCUCGCGCAGAUUGUCGAUGUUGUGGCCGCUGCUGGUGAAGACAGCGAUGCUGACUCCGGUCUUGACGAAGAGAUGGUGCGUGUGUGGGAAGAAUUAGAGCUCACCAGUCGCUCUCCCGGUCUUGGCUCUCCAGAUUCGGGCUCGGCGUCCCCGGCGCUGCCAGCGCCGCGUGAGGUUGUUGCUUCGGCUGGUGGUUUUUCUCCACCUACGCGCCUCCAGGAGUUGGUCUUCAUGCUCGAUGUGGAAGGGUUGUCUGUCGAGGAGGCGAUAGCUGCUGAGCCUGCGCUUGGGGCGACCUUUGAGGCCUCGCCUCAAGAUGAAUCCGGGCUUUUCGAUGAUAGUGACGACGAUGAAGGCCUGCCUCAGAACCACUACGACCCGAAGAAGCCUUGGGAUUACAACACUGAGGUUAACAUCGUCCGUGCCUUGGAUGUCAGGGGCAAGGCUCCGCACCGUGGCUACUUGGUGGAAUGGGAAGGCAAUCCGCUACAGCUAAGCUGGGUCUGGAUGGAGCAGCUCGACAAACCGUCGACGCGCUACAUGAUGAGGAUGGUGGACGCUCGGAAGGAAUCGGGAGACAAGCGCACCUUCUGUUAUUGGUACUCGGAGCGUGAUUCCGCGUCGGAGGCUGGUACUUGUUUCAUGGAUGCUUUCCGCUCGGCCUUGUACUAUCUCGGACAGCCGGAUCUAGUCACAAUGGAGAUGUGGGAUGCGUAUGAAGACACGCGACCUGAAGCCAUCCAGUACGGUGUGUCUCGCGACGACGUGACGGAGUUCUUCAAAGUUCUGCAGCGCAAGAGUGUGCCACUGAACUACGACGUCCUUCACCGAAACGCUCUUCCAGAGUCAAGUGCCAACAUCACGACGCUCCAAGGGGUUUGCCGCAAACAAGCACCCGGUGUUUACGUCGUCAGCGCUGGCCGCCAUGAUGUCGGGCACUGCUUUGUCGUGGUUAGCCGUGGUCCGGAGAAGCAACUUCUGGCUCUUGACAAUUUCAAUGCCCGCAAGAACCCGCCGUGGAUUCAGCACGUGAAAUGGAUGGCGCAAGUGGAGCUGCAACCAGGAUACAAGUGUCGCCACGGCAAGCGCAAGUCGAAGACGCAGAAAAAGCGGGAGAAGCGCAUGAAGCAGCAGGUUCUGCAACAAGAGGGGAUGUAA